UGGAAUGGUCAUUUAAAGUGGUGAGAGCAACGUAGCCACAUAAUACAUCCACUCACCGCACCACCCAACCACCCACCGCCAUAGUUACCGGAGCUCUCUCUCUCUCCUCCCACUUCUUGCCCUAAGAGUUUGGCACUUUACAGUUCCUUCUACACCUACGCUCUCUCUCGUAAUUUUUUGUUAACAUAGAACAGAGGAAGAGAGCAUUAAAAAAUUGCUUGACACACUUGACAAAAUCUGGUGCCUAACACAAGUAGAUUCAAUGGCACCUUCCAGUGGACCAAGGCUUUCUGGGAUGCAGAAACAAGUUCUCAGUCUGUACCGGGGGUUUCUACGAGCAGCGCGUUCAAAAUCAGCUGAGGAUCGACACAAAAUCGAAUCUUUUGUGUCUGCAGAAUUCCGCAACAAUGCAAAGGAAGUAGAUCGCAAAAAUUUCAUUUACAUCGAGUACUUACUUCAUCGCGGUAAGAAGCAGCUUGAUCAGCUAAAGAGCCGUGAUACGGUUGGUUUAUCUUCCUUUAAUGUCAAAACACAACACUAAGCUUUGAAAUGAGAAAAAAGAACUGAUACAAAUUCACCAUUUUCUUUAGUGGAUUAUAUCAAGGGAAGAAAGUUUUUAAUUUGUGUAUUAUUUGUUUACAUGUAUGGACCUGGACCUUAUUACCUCUUCUGCUAAAUGUAAGGAAAGUACAUCCAAUAAUAAUGGAAAUGGUUUACUUUGAAAUUAAAUCCAAAUCCAAUCAACAAUUUGUUGUUCAA